ACGGGUAGAGCGAGGGCGAGCACAUAGGUUAUGUUUACUUUUUGUCUGCUUUACUCGGGUAUAGCGCGCCUAGUUACCUAGUUUAUAUAUAUAUAGAUAUAAAAAAUAUCGUUGACGCUAGUCCUUGCGCAGGCUCAAGCCUGCCGCCGUCUUGAAGGGCAUUUAUGCUUUCAAUGUGAAUUGCGGACCAGAAGAAGUUGUUGCUAUUUCAAAUAUUUUACUUUGCAGUUUUAAAAAGAAAGAAACCUGAAGGAGCAAGCAGUGACAGCGAUGAUCCCGUGGGUGACCUGGCGAGACCUAGCACAUCCGAAGAACCGAAAUUAGUUUCCGACUCUUCGAUAAAUGACUGCAACGAAAAUGACAUCGGUAAAUUUAUUGGACAAGCAUCAAUGUUAUCGACUGAAAUGAAGAAAGAAUUGCUUGAAAACACUUGGUCUCCAUCUGCGACGUAUGACUUUGCGGAAGACGCUAAACAUUUGAAGAGGAAAUUCAAUUAUUCAUGGUUGGAAACGUACUCUCCAUGGUUGGCCUAUUCCAGGCACCAAAAAGGAGCCUUUUGUAAAUAUUGUACAUUGUUCCCGCCAAAUCCAAAUUCUUUUAGAGGCGUAUUAGGGUCAUUUAUCAUAAGGCCGUUUUGUAAGUUCAAAGAUAUUCACGAGCAUUGCAAAAAGCACAUGGAAACCCACUUCCAUAAGAUGGCACUGGAAGCCGCUAAAUCAUUUCUUGGAAGUGUACCUGUAGAUUUACAACUCAACAAAUACUCCCGGGGCAUUAUUGAAGAAAACCGAAAAAUUAUAACAUCUAUUAUUUCCUGCAUUACGUUUUGCGGGUCGCACGACUUAGCUCUGAGAGGAAAACAUUAUGGCGAAGGUAUUCUCGAGGACUUAUACAAGCUACGAAUUGACGCGGGAGAUUUAGUUUUGAAGAAACACUUUGAGCAUGGGAAAAAGAAUGCAAGCUAUCGAUCGAUUCAUAUUCAAAAUGAAAUUAUCGCAACUUGUGGAGAUGUUAUUAAGGCAGACAUUGUGAAAAAAGUAAAAGAAGCAGAAGCUUAUAGUGUGUUAGCAGACGAAACAGCUGAUAUUUCCGGUACUGAACAAUUAUCGAUUGGGCUGCGAUAUUUUGACGAGGAAGCCAAUGAGGUUCAAGAAAUGUUCGUCGGAUUUGUUGAGCUGAAGGGUCUGGAUGCGAAAUCUAUUGCAUAUUGCAUUGAUGAGUUUCUGACAAAAGAAGACCUUAAUCCUGCUGAUAAAUGCGUUGGUUUUGGAUUUGACGGUUGUUCGACGAUGUCCGGAAAAGACGGUGGAGUACAAGCGAUCCUUCGCAAAAAAUAUACCAAAGCACUGUUCUUUCAUUGCUCGUCCCAUAAACUGAAUCUGGUAAUAAAUGAUCUCAAUAGUCUUCCUGAAAUUCGAAACACCAUGGGAACCACUAAAGAUAUUAUAAAUUUUUUUCGGGAAUCUGUUUUGAGAAGAAAAUUGGUACCUAAUAUUGCCAGGCUCUGCGAAACAAGAUGGAGUGAGAAACAUAAAACUAUCAGAGUAUUUAAGGAGAAUUUUCCUGUUAUAUUGGAAGCCUUAGAAAACUUAUCGCGUGAAGGAAACAGUGCUACUCGAAAAAGUGCCUUUCAACUCCAUGCGGCUGCUUUCAAAUAUCACUUCAAUGCCGCGCAUUGUUGGGAAACAACGUCAUCGAAGCAAUCACCCAGCAGAAAGCCCUUCAGAAUUCUGGAAAAAAUCAUUAAUAAUACCAUACUUGGACUCCGUUAUUACAUCGCUUGAAACACGCUUUGCUGAAGAAAAUACUCCAUCAUUUGCUUUAUCUAAAUUACACCCCGCACAAAUGCAAACGAUGUCAGUCGAAAAUCUCACAGAAACU